GCGGUCGUCGUCGGGGGUGGCGGCGGUAGAGGCGGCGGCGGCCGUGGCGGCAGCGGGGACGGCAGCCGUGACGGCGGCGGCAGCGCGGGGCCUGGGACGGGGAGAAUGAGGCCGUGGCGGACCAGCGGCAGAGCUCGUAGCGGAUAAGCGGCUCCCCCUCCCUGUUUCCCUUGGCCGAGUCGGGGACGCGCGCGCGCGCGCGGCCGUCCGGAGCGGGCUCCCCACCCUCUCCUCCCGCGACCCGCACAGCACCCCCACCCGGGCCCUGAGGAUGAUGAAGCUCAAGUCGAAUCAGACCCGUACCUAUGACGGCGACGGCUACAAGAAGCGGGCCGCGUGCCUGUGUUUCCGCAGCGAGAGCGAGGAGGAGGUGCUACUUGUGAGCAGUAGUCGCCAUCCAGACCGAUGGAUUGUCCCUGGAGGAGGCAUGGAGCCUGAGGAGGAGCCGAGUGUGGCAGCAGUCCGUGAAGUCUGCGAGGAGGCUGGAGUAAAAGGGACCUUGGGAAGAUUAGUUGGAAUUUUUGAGAACCAGGAGAGGAAGCACAGAACGUAUGUGUAUGUGCUCAUUGUCACAGAAGUGCUGGAAGAUUGGGAAGACUCGGUUAACAUUGGAAGGAAGAGGGAAUGGUUUAAAAUAGAAGAUGCCGUGAAAGUGCUGCAGUGUCACAAGCCCGUGCAGGCGUCGUAUUUUGAAACGUUGAGGCAAGGCUAUUCGGCCAACAACGGCACCCCAGUCGUGGCCACUGCGUACUCGGUUUCUGCUCAGAGCUCCAUGUCAGGCAUCAGAUGACUGAAGACUUCCUGUAAGAGAAAUGGAAAUUGGAAACUAGACUGAAGUGCAGACCUUCCCUCUCACCCUUGCUCUUUCCACCUCUCCUCACAGGCCGCCUCUUUCAAAUAAGGCUCGAUGGGCAACAGAGAAGGGUUUAUUGGUAAUGUUGCCAUUUGGUGUUAAGUGAUGGGGCUUCUGCUUCUCUUUUUAUUGAGGGGGUUGGGGGUGGGGUGUGUAAUUUGUAAGUACUUCUGUGCAUGAUCUGUCCCUCCCUUUUCACACCCCUACUGUCCUCUAAAAAGAGGCAAACAGCUUUCCCUCUGCCUUGGAUUCUGAAGUAUUCCUGUUUGUCUCAUCCCAGCCCUGGCCAGACAUUUUUCUUUGAUUUUUAUUUUGGUUUUUUUUUAAUUAAAAGAUACCAGUAUGAGAUGAAACCUUUCAAGAAUUUGUUCUGUAAUGUGCUGUUCAGUCCAGCAGGUUGUCACUUUCCCUGCAGGAUACAUUUAUCUACACAUUAUAUACUGAGCAUAUAAUAUGUAAAUGAAUGACUUCAGAAGAGGAAUUUAACUGUUGAAAUUUUUCAAGGUUUUGUUUUUUUGUUUUUUUUUUUUCAAAUUGGGGGUGUUCCUGAAAUGGAGAGCCUCACAAUUUCUUUUUGUUUCCCGUUCUAGUGGCUAGAUGAGUUUCCCUGUCCUUUCUCCGUUCCCCAGUCAUUGACUGUAGUUGUGUAGGUGCAGGAAGAGUGAGUGUAGCUACCUUCAUAGUGCUCCCAGAACUCAUAGCCUCCUCUUCUCGAAGCUGUGUUUCCAUGCCAAGAAAGAAACAGGAAGAAUCCUAUUUUCUUUUUAUUACCAAGCCAGGAGCAAAUGGCCUCAGCUCAGAUCCGGAGAAACAAUGAUAGAAAUUGAAUUCCUCCCCACUUGUUGACAAUAGGGAUUUGAACUGGAUUCUUGGGAUUACUAUAAAAAAUACUGGAGCAUCAAGCACUAUUCCUCUCCUGCUGGUUUGCGAUGUUUUCCAUAUGCUACUUACCGCCAAGAACGGCCUCUCCUUGUGCACACAAGCCUUACAGCGAGCCGAACUGGACAUUGUCCCGUGCUCUGAAGCAUCCGACUCCACUCGGCAAGUGCAGUGGGGGUGGGGUGGGGGUCCUGUCCCCUCCUGGGUAACUGCUAAGUUCCUGAAAAGUACCCAGGAGCAAAGCUUGGGUGUUUGCUUGUCUUCAUAAUGUUACAGCACUUAUAAUUGCAUCAUAGAGCAUGCUCAGAAAUACCACAUUUGUCUCCCACUAGGAUGUGAAAGGUCCAUCUUCUGCUGAGAAGUGAUACGAGAGAUGCUUAAUCAUUUACUAGAACAGCUGCAUAAUGCAUCGUCUCACUGCAAACUGUCUUGUUGGGUUUGACAUAGGUUUCAUGCCGGCUUCAUUUGCCAAUUGUGUGGUUUUGUUGGGAAGUAGGCAGAAAAGGGCCUUGCGAUAUGGAGGUGCGACUGGGAGGGGAGGCACUGAUCAAUCCCUGGCUUGGGACAGGAGUUUGUUGCUACACUCUUAGUGGCAUCUCCUUUGUCAAAACAUAGCCAAGAUGUGAAGUUAGAAUCGUAGUUCUCUUUAUUUAAAAUUCUAAUAAAUACUCAAACAUUGCAAAGCUGUUGCUCUUCCCUCCCACUAAAGAAAUGUAUAUAUCUGAUAGGCCUGUGUCAUGUAGUGUUCAGCAUUUUGGGGGACAUGAGUUGGUGAAUUUAAAUUUUGCCAUCUACUCUUGGUUUGCAUCUUCUCUCCCAGUCUUGAAACACAGAACCAAAACAGUGCUGGCAGUUUCCUUAGGAUCCCAUCUUGGCUCUGGAAAAUGAAUUGUACCCCCAAGUCAGGGUCCCAGUGGAUUGAAAGAGCACCAUGGGAUUUGAGUCUAAAUGCCAAGUCAGUGUUCACAUGUCCUACUUAAAAAUGAACACACCGUUGCUCGUUGCCUGAUUUAGAGCAUCCUAAGGUUCUGUUCAAAUAAUACAUAAAGGGGAAAAUAAAUAAGUCCAACUAAGCACCAAGCAGAAUCCCAAAAGCACAUUCUUCCAAAUAAAUUCUCCCUUUAUGAUAUGGACUGAAAGUGCUUUGCAGGAAAACAGUCAGUACUCCUAAAAAGGGCACUGCAGUGUUAACAGCAAUUUGUGCACUUUGUAAUGAUCUGAAGGUGUUUUUCCUGGGCUGGUGUAACAAUAUACUACCCUGCAAAGCCCAGCUUGGAUUGUUGUUGGCGUCUUUGGGUCAGGAAAGUGAACUGUGCCAAGAAGUAUUUUUCGGUGACAUGAAUGGAUCCUAUUAAUGCAGUUCACUGGAGAGAUUGUGCUGAUGCUUUCCUGACUGACAAAAGGAGGCUUUGUCAGGCACCAGAACUGUUGACACUGGUGAUGUUUUCUGUUGCACUCGGAUUCUGGUGAGCAGAGGUUGGUGUUUUUCCCUUCCUGGCACCAUAAACAGCAUGGCUGCCUUUUCUGAUGUGUGGUCACAGCCCUCGGUGAUAGAUUACUUAGACCCACAGUUGUAGUAAACUUUAUAUCUCCCCACAGAAAGCAAGGAGAAACAAAAGAAAGCACAAAAAUCACCUUACUUGCAAAAUAUUUCAUUGACACUGAUUUGCCAGUAAUUCUGCGAGCAUUUUCAGGCUUGACGGAAAGUUGCCUGUAUUCAGGGCAGAAAGAAAGUCUCUUCCUCAGUGAAUUUGAAUGUCCUAGAUUCUGGUUAUUGCUGGAGCAUCCAUCAGAGUCCUCCAUCCUCAGAACAGAGAGAGAGCAAUGGAUGUUUUUAAAUUAAAAUUUGUUUUUGGUUUAUAAAUUACAGCCAUUGGGGAAACGCCAGUGAGGUCAUGCCAUCUUUUUGGACCAGGACUUUGUGUGUAUGGGGGAGGGGGCAGGAGAGAGAGAGAGAGAGAGAGAUGGGCUACCUGCAGGAGUCAGCGUGUUAGAUUUUUUUGUAGCCUUUCAGAACAAUGCAGCCCAUGAAACAGGAGGCUUGAUUUUUCUUGUAGCAAACCUAACAGGAUGGAAACGUUAAUGAAUUGACUGUGUUUUGUUUUUACAAGUGUCUGCUGCUCCAUCUGCCCUGGUAGAGAGGGCUCUCUCACUGAGAGGCCAUCUGGAGGGAUCAAAGAACGUGGAAGUGUCCCCCCUCUGUGGCCGGCUGGCUGGGGAGGGCCUGGAAGCGGGCCUUGCCACAGGCUUUCUGCCCCUGCGGAGCAGUGCGCAGCUCUGUGCAGCAGUGAGGCACUAUAGGCCUUACUUCUCAGCCUCUGGGGGCAGAGUGGGUCACUGCCCUCUAGGAGUGUUUUGCAGCCGUUUCGUAAACAUAUUGCUACAUAGUCAGGUUCCUUCUUACCAAAAAAAUACUUUGUUUUGAUAUUAGGAGUCAGCCCAUGUAAAGUCUCUGAGACUUGCUUAGAAGAAAAAAGUCACCUUUUGUUUUCAGAAGAAAAAAGCUCCACUCAGCAUUGUUCUUCCUCCUUCCUCUUUCUUCCUAGUUCUCGUUACCCUUUGUCCUCGCCACACCCAGCACUCAUUGGGGGCUCCUUCUGAACCCCUUUAACCAGAGGGUUAAUUGCUCUUCUGUUGGACCCGGUAUGCGUUUCACACGCUGAACUUCACACAUUUGUCAUUUCUGCCUAGUGCUAUGAUAACGCCUGUGUUAGUCUUCCCACCUGAUGUUUUUUAAAACAGCUUAGCAACUGAGCCACAUUUUUUUUUUUAGUUUACAAAAAGGAUUUAAUAACUACAAUGUGAUUUUUGCCACAACUGUGAUUUGUAAUAUUUCUGUAGUGUUCUAUAAGCCCAUCUUAGUUGAGAGUAGAUUUAGAGUUAGAAGAAAUACCUGGAGAUAUGACCACAGUGGUAUGAAUUUUUGCUUUAAGGGAAAUGAGGGUUAGCUAUUGACAGUAUCGCUUCAUCCUGGUCCCACAUCUGCAUUUCAGAAAAUAAUCCGCAUUUUUACAAAAAAAUAGACAAGAGGACAGUUACCUCCCACGGUUCUGUGUGGAGGAGAUUCUUUAAUAGUAACUGAGCAGUGCACACAGUGCUCCUGGUUCUGGUUCUUGAAGCUAAAGAGGGCAGAGCUGAGGCUCUGCAGUUCACACUGCCCAGCUGAGGUGGCUGUCACAUCUUCUGAGCCCUGCUGGCAUGGCACCAUUUUCCCCAGCUUACGGGAGGCUUCCAGGCCGCUGUCCAUGCCGGUGGCUUCAGCCUUGCCCCCAGCACCUCAUUUGGAGUAGGUGGGAAAGCACCCAGUCAGCCUUCGCGCUCUAGGCUGAGCCUUGCCGCAGAGACCUCUCCUACCCAAAAGAGCUGUGUGUUCAUUCCACGUCAGAUGUCACCUAAAGCACUGACACACUGGAGAUUUUCAGGUCAAUUGUAAAUUGGAAAGCACUGACUGCAGUCCAGGCAAGACACCGUGGUCCGUGCAUUGGGCUGACUUGAUAUCACACAGGUCCUGGGAACCCAGAGUUUUCCGGCAGGUUCUCCUUUGGAACCUCCUGCCUCUAAAAGGGCAGCUCCACGUUUGACCAUGUUCUUGCAUCAGCUGAUAGAUAACCUUUCCAGGAUGUGAGAAGCCUAAUCAGGACAUCUAAGAAAAUGAUACCUCUCACCUUCGGAUGAAUCAAGUGCUUUGUCCUCCUAUUCCCCUGAAAAAUUAAUAAUUGAGAAAGAAAGACUCCCCGUGUGGUGUUGAUGUGGACAGAUUCCUUGAGCUGAGGCUAGCAGUCACGUGAUUUUGUGUGUCUCUGCAAUAUGAAGCUUUCUAAGUAAAAAAGGCGUGUCUCUCCCCUAAAUCUUUGUUUGUAAUGAUGAUUUGGUGAGUUUGAACUUGUUCUAGAAAAUGAGACUGCCCACAGCAAGGGAAGCUCACACAAAAACCACGCGAACUCAGAACCCAGCACACCAGUGGGGACUGUGCUGAGGAAAAGUGCUUUGGGCCCAACAAGGAAGCCUGUGUUCCUCUGGCAGUCGGCUGUUUAAGUAGUUUCUCUAGGUAUCCUCUGGUUUACAUUCCCAGUUCUAAACUCCGCACAGGGGCCACUAGAACACCAAAAAAAGCAUGUAAAACCCUGGAGCUAGGCUUUGAAGGAUAGAAAAACUGCAGCAUGGUCAUUUUCCAGGCUCAUCACCACUUUGAUGUGCUUUGAUUCUUCACCCCCAUUGCAGCCAGGCCGGAUGUGAAGAUCUUAUUCAUCACUGAGUUGGGGAACAUAAGCUCUGGUUCUGGGACAGUUAACCUACUAAAUUGCUUACCAUGGGGGCGAGGGGGGUGCCUUUCAGAGAAAUCUCAACAGUACAGUAAAAUCACUGUCUGGGUGUGAGGUCCCAAUCAGGCAUUUAGAUAAAAAUCUAAGUCUUUGGAACUCCUUAGGGAAAAGCGAGAUGCCUCAAUCCUGAUGCUCGGCCUGAGAACGUCCUCCCCUCUCUGUAGUGUGUGUGCAGUGGUUCACCUUCGGGAAUCAUUUUCCCAGUGAGAUCGCCUGUAAAUCCCUACAGAGCUAAUACUGAUGCGAGCCAGUCUUUCUGCGCACUUCUGUGCUGAGCUGAAAUGUUAACCUAAAGCAGCAACAGAUCAGGUAGCUUCUUUCACCUCUUUAUUGUCCUGGUAAAAAGAAACGCUUUUCAGGCUCACUAACAAAUGACCAGACAUCUAAUUUGGGUUAGUUGAUUCCAGCGGCAUAACAGAUACGACUUAUGUCAAGGAAGGUAGAGGCUGAUUAUAGAGACACCCAGGAACCAGAGCGAUGGGUCUGCUCCAUGUAAAGCCUCCUCCUGGGGCAGAUCUGAAGUGGGGCCUGGGAGCGCUUCCCAAGCGCUGAAGUGAGGGGAGGACUUAAGAGGGCUCUUGCUCAGCGAGCAGGCAGCUUGUGUCCCUCCCAAGAACAGGACGGAGUUCCACAGGCAGUGACAGGCCUCCGAGCCACAGUGCACAGACACAGCCCUGCCCUUUGGUCAUGUGGCUGCGAGCAUCUCUGUUCAGAAUCCACAGAGACCCCCCUGCAAAAACUAAUUAGCUUCAGGUGUUCUGUUUGGCCUCUAAGACCCUCCCCCUUUCACUUCCGCCCACGGAGGGACAUCCGUGCUCAGGCACAGAUGCACGAGUGGGUCCCGGCCCCGUGGCGGAGUGGUGCGUUUCGUAGUUAAACAACUGGCCCUCUCUCUCAUAAAAGGAAUAACAGUAUGUGGUACAGUUUUGUAAAUGUCAGGUCUGUUUUUACUGUUGUGGUCUGAAAACUUUCAAACUGGUUUAUAUUUAAAAGGUUGGUGGUUAGAAUAAGUAAAGUUUCAUUUAGUGCAUCUGUUUCAGGAAAGAUAGCUUCCAGUUUGCCAUGUGCUUAAGGAAUUCAGGAGCAUUUGAGGAUGUUGGGAGCUGUUGUGAAAGUAAAGCAAGUGUCUCUGGCCUGCCCAAGUGCAUUGUUCUCAGAGAGGAAGUGGGAGCCUGUUGGAAGCAUCUUCAUCCUUGCUCUUGCCAGCCCAGCCUUCAUCUCAAGGACCUUGUCUCCCCUCCUCUCCAGUGACGUUGGACAGGCUCUGAAGAGUCCAUGAGGCCCCAGCCCUGUUUGCUCAGCUGUGGAGUAUGGUCUGCUUAAGGUGUUUCCUUCCUGUGGCCAUCUCCACUCGUCUCCCAUCAGCAUCAGAAGGUUUCAAACCCCUGGGACCAUUCCAGUUCUAAAACAGAUGAACUAACUGUGCUUCCUUCCCUGUCGCAAGUCUGUCGCUCAGAUUGCAGUCUACCUUUGGGCAAGUUCAACAAGUAUUUCUAGGGAACCCCUUGGAUUGAGGCAAAGUAGCCAAGAUGUAUUGAGGUUAACUUUUCCAAAGGAUGGGAGUAUUUGUCCCUUCUCCCUAGUGCUCAUACGUUUUAGCUGAGGCCUAAAUGGCCAAGUCUAGUAAUGUCUCCAGAACCUAGGCAGAGCCAGGAGCCCACACGCCCAGAGACCAGUCUCCUGGGGUCACACAGGCUCACGCUAGAACCCUACUGCUGUCCCCUCCCAUCAUUAGGUCACCUAGUCCCGUGCUCAUUCUACAGAGUCACUGCAUGCAUCCCCUGCGUAGGCAGUGUGCUUCAUAUUUGUAAGAAGGGUAGAAAGUGGAACAACCAAUGGGCUGAGCACUCACAUCCUUGGAGAUAUUGGCAAAAAUAACCCCGAAUGAGCUCAACAAAACUGGGGAAUCCAAGGAACAGCGUUUGUGUGGGAGGAAGGGUUGGUUGUGGUCACUUCACCUCUUGGGACCUGGUGCUGCCUUAUGAAACUGGGCUUUGGAAUAAUACCGCCCUUCCCCAGUUCAGAUGCACUCCAGGACCUAAGUUCUAACCCAUGGCUCAUGGCCUUCUUUUUCUUUUUGUUGUUUUGUUUGUUUGUUUCCAAAACAACCUUGCUUGGUAUUGCACGGGAGAUAAGUUUUCCUUCCUGCCCACUUAGGCCAUGCGCCCAGGCCGGCCUGUGCCCGGUGUCUUCACAGCACCUCUAAGUGGGCCACGCGCCCAGGCCAGCCUGUGCCCGGCGUCUUCACAGCACCUCUAAGGAAGGCCUUCACGAGCUUGCAGGCACCGAGGGGAGGGUGUUUGGUCCAGAGAAAGCAGAAGGAAGCCGAGUUUUCCUGUGUUCUUAGGCUCCCUUCACACGUCUCUUCCCAUGAGAGCAGUUGGGCUGCAGAGGAGGGCUGGAAAGAAAGGGGAACUGCGUCCAGCCCCAGGUUGGGGGCUGAGACAGGUGCACAGCAGCUGUGAGCCCCACUUCCCUCCUUAGCAGCAGGCCAGCCAUAUGUAAUCAUUCCUCUUCUUGACUAAAGCGUCCGCUCCUGUGGUGCCAACAACAGAGGACAGGCAGACCCCUCCCCACCCUGUGAUCUAAAUAGAGCUUUGGUACUACCCCUAAAAUUCCCCCACCCCACAUCCCGCUCCUUUUUGUACAGAUAAUGGCUAAACCUGUGUGUGUGCUUUUCCUUUCUUUGUGUUAAUCAGUUUCCUUCUAUUUGAGCUAUGUGGGAGGGAAGGGCAUUGGAAUUGUAGGUUGUAAUCUUGUGCCAACCAAUAAAAACCAGUAUUUCACACACA